UAUUUUAAGAUCGGAAGACGCCGUUUUUUUUUGGAAAAAUCAUUUUCUAUAAUCACAUUAAAACAAAUUGGUUAUUGUUUUGAAAUAAAUUUGUGUGCUAGUUUUAUUAUAACGUGAAUAAUGAACAUUAUUUUACAACUAACUUAAGGAAAUAUUUGGCUAUUCGUCGGAGACGCCAUUUUGUACAAUUUUUAAUUUACUGCUCUAUAAAUGGAAUUUGGAAAAAAAAGGUAUAAGGGUGGUCGGACACCUUCUAUUAGGUCCAGUGAAAGGCGACGUCCUCAAAGUGUUUCAUCUAUAUCCACACUUUCCCCAAGAGUUGUGUUGUCAAGAUUGGAACCCAGGGAGUUCGAACGUCUUCGAUUAUCCUACAAAGUUGCAAUCGACCAAAGACGAUCUAGAAGCUGCCGUGGCAUGAACAUGGGUCAAAAAAUUAGUGGUGGAGUCAAAACAGUUAGUCGUAAUGAUUCACAGUCUACCUUUAAACCAAUAAUACCAAGAGAGUUACAAGCUGAUUUUGUUAAACCAGCGCGCAUCGAUAUUUUGCUUGAUAUGCCGCCAGCGUCUCGAGAACUACAACUGAAGCAUUCCUGGAACUCCGAAGAUAGGUCGUUAAACAUUUUUGUAAAAGAGGACGACAAGUUGACAUUUCAUAGACACCCAGUCGCUCAAAGUACUGAUUGUAUUCGCGGAAAGGUCGGACUCACAAAGGGAUUGCAUAUUUGGGAAAUUUAUUGGCCAACAAGGCAAAGAGGUACACACGCUGUUGUCGGCGUAUCCACUUCAGAUGCGCCGUUACAUUCAGUUGGGUAUCAAAGUUUAGUCGGAUCAACUGAACAAAGUUGGGGCUGGGAUUUAGGAAGAAAUAAAUUGUAUCAUGACUCAAAAAACUGCGCUGGUGUCACAUAUCCAGCCAUAUUAAAAAACGACGAAGCUUUUUUAGUUCCAGACAAGUUCUUAGUAGCAUUAGAUAUGGACGAAGGAACACUAAGCUUCAUUGUUGAUCAGCAGUAUCUUGGUAUUGCCUUCAAAGGGCUGAGAGGAAAAAAAUUGUAUCCAGUUGUUUCGGCGGUUUGGGGUCACUGUGAAAUAACCAUGCGUUACAUUGGUGGAUUAGAUCCCGAACCCUUGCCCCUAAUGGAUCUUUGCCGAAGAACUAUUCGACAGAAAAUUGGCCGCGAGAACUUGGAGGACCGUAUACAACAACUUCAACUUCCUCUUUCGAUGAAAACAUAUUUAUUGUAUAAAAACCGUAGAUAAUAUUUUUAUUAAGUAAAAAGUAUACCAAUUUUGGUUUUUGCUGCAUGUGAUGAAAGCAGUAAAAACUAAUUGCGUUAGCUUAUAAUAGUCUUAGAUCAAUGUUAGUUUGUCUGACCUCUAACUGGAAAAGCAUAGGUAUACAAUUCUUAAUAAUACUUUAAUUUAGCUAUAAAGAUUUAUUGUAUAUUAAGAAGCAUGAAUAAUAAUAGUAUGUAUACAGUAUGACAUCUCAUUUUGCAAUAAAUUGGAGAAUGUUUCUUCAUGUAAUAUUAUUUUAAAAAUUAUAUAAGAAAAAAUAUAUUUGUAACAGAUAAAAUCAAACAGUAAAAAUUGCAGUUUUUGUUAAAAAUGUCUAAUCGCGAGUCAUCAUGUAAACUCUCGGAAAUUUUUAGAAUUAAAUUUUUGUUUUUAAAAUAGUUUUGGAAAAAUGCCUUGAUAAGUUGAAUAUAAUUGACUAAAACGCUUAUAUUCAUUUGCAUUCCGAAAUAUGCGACCAGAAAACCUGAAAAUGAUAACUGCUUAGUUGCAAUAUAAUGUGGCUCGCUUCAUGCUAGGAAGCCUCCAAUUUAAUUUCCUUAAUACACUAUUAAUAAACGCUUUAAUAAUCCAAAUUCGAAUGUAUGUUUUAUAUUAAGAGAAUUUGUAUAAAAGGCAAGGUAAUAUUUAAUGCAUUUAGAUUGUUUUGUAAGGUAAAUAAAAAAAUCUCAUUUAAUAAAAAUAA